AUGGGGUCGGCCGACUCCAAGCUGAACUUCCGGAAGGCGGUAAUCCAGCUCACCACCAAGACGCAGCCUGUGGAAGCCACCGAUGAUGCCUUUUGGGACCAGUUCUGGGCAGACACGGCCACCUCGGUGCAGGACGUCUUUGCGCUGGUGCCGGCAGCGGAGAUACGGGCGGUGCGGGAGGAGUCACCCUCCAACCUGGCCACACUGUGCUACAAGGCCGUGGAGAAGCUGGUGCAGGGAGCCGAGGGCGGCUGCCACUCCGAGAAGGAGAAGCAGAUUGUCCUGAACUGCAGCCGCCUCCUCACCCGUGUGCUGCCCUACAUCUUCGAGGACCCCGACUGGAGGGGCUUCUUCUGGUCCACCGUGCCCGGGGCUGGGCGAGGAGGGCAGGGAGAGGAGGACGACGAGAAUGCCCGGCCCCUGGCCGAGUCCCUGCUGCUGGCCAUCGCUGACCUGCUGUUCUGCCCAGACUUCACGGUCCAGAGCCAUCGAAGGAGCACUGUGGACUCGGCGGAAGACAUCCACUCCCUGGACAGCUGUGAAUACAUCUGGGAGGCUGGUGUGGGCUUUGCACACUCCCCGCAGCCCAGCUAUACCCACGACAUGAACCGGACGGAGCUGCUGAAGCUACUGCUCACCUGCUUCUCUGAGGCCAUGUACCUGCCCCCAGCUCCGGACAGUGGCAGCACAAACCCGUGGGUGCAGUUCUUUUGUUCCACGGAGAACAGACACGCUCUGCCCCUCUUCACCUCCCUUCUGAACACCGUGUGUGCCUAUGACCCUGUGGGCUACGGGAUCCCCUACAACCACCUGCUCUUCUCCGACUACCGGGAGCCCCUGGUGGAGGAGGCUGCCCAGGUGCUCAUCGUCACCUUGGACCACGACAGCGCCACCAGUGCCAGCCCCACCGUGGACGGCACCACCACAGGCACUGCCAUGGAUGAUGCUGAUCCACCAGGACCCGAGAACCUGUUUGUGAACUACCUGUCCCGCAUCCACCGCGAGGAGGACUUCCAGUUCAUCCUUAAGGGCAUGGCCCGGCUGCUGUCCAACCCCCUGCUCCAGACCUACCUGCCCAACUCCACCAAGAAGAUCCAGUUCCACCAGGAGCUACUGGUUCUCUUCUGGAAACUCUGUGACUUCAACAAGAAGUUCCUCUUCUUCGUGCUGAAGAGCAGCGACGUUUUGGACAUCCUGGUCCCCAUCCUCUUCUUCCUCAACGAUGCCCGAGCCGAUCAGUCUCGGGUGGGCCUGAUGCACAUCGGCGUCUUUAUCCUGCUGCUGCUGAGCGGGGAGCGGAACUUCGGGGUGCGGCUCAACAAGCCCUACUCAGUGCGUGUGCCCAUGGACAUCCCCGUUUUCACGGGGACCCACGCUGACCUGCUCAUUGUGGUCUUCCACAAGAUCAUCACCAGUGGACACCAGCGGCUGCAGCCCCUCUUUGACUGCCUGCUCACCAUUGUGGUCAACGUGUCCCCCUACCUCAAGAGCCUGUCCAUGGUGGCUGCCAACAAGCUGCUGCAUCUGCUGGAGGCCUUCUCCACCACCUGGUUCCUCUUCUCCGCGGCCCAGAACCACCACCUGGCCUUCUUCCUCCUAGAGGCCUUCAACAACAUCAUCCAGUACCAGUUCGAUGGCAACUCCAACCUGGUCUACGCCAUCAUCCGAAAGCGCAGCGUCUUCCACCAGCUGGCCAAUCUGCCCACUGACCCGCCCACCAUCCACAAGGCCCUGCAGCGGCGCCGGCGGGUGCCCGAGCCCUUGUCUCGCACUGGCUCGCAGGAGGGCGCCUCCAUGGAGGGCUCCCGCCCUGCCGCCCCCGCUGAGCCGGGCACCCUCAAGACCAGCCUGGUGGCCACCCCAGGCAUUGACAAGCUGACGGAGAAGUCCCAGGUGUCAGAGGAUGGCACAUUGCGGUCCCUGGAGCCGGAGCCCCAGCAAGGCUCAGCGGACCGUGGCCCUGCCUCAGGGGAGACUGGCCAGGUGUGGCGGGAGCAACGACGACCGUCCAGUGCGUCUGCCAGCGGCCAGUGGGGCCCAACAUCGGAGUGGGUGCUCUCCUGGAAGUCCAAGCUGCCCCUGCAGACCAUCAUGAGGCUGCUCCAGGUGCUGGUGCCCCAGGUGGAGAAGAUCUGCAUCGACAAAGGCCUGACGGAUGAGUCAGAGAUCCUGCGGUUCCUGCAACAUGGUACCCUGGUGGGGCUGCUGCCCGUGCCCCACCCCAUCCUCAUCCGCAAGUACCAGGCCAACUCAGGCACUGCCAUGUGGUUCCGCACCUACAUGUGGGGCGUCAUCUAUCUGAGGAACGUGGACCCGCCUGUCUGGUAUGACACCAACGUGAAGCUGUUUGAGAUCCAGCGGGUGUGAAGAUGGGGGGGUCAGGGCGCUGUCCCCCCACGCUUCCCCUCCCUCACUGUUCUUAGCUUUAAAUGACCAC